AUGGCCACUGUAUCACAAGCCUGCAUCAAGGUGCCCGGCUUGAAUGCGAGGAUCACUAAUCGUGAUUUCACAAAGAGUCAUGAACUCUACACCAAACUGCCAGAAAUCCUCGAAUUAGCAAACCGGGAUCAACUUUCGGAGAGUGUCUUGAAUCAAAUCGGCGGACUGAUCAGGGAAAAUGGACUCGAGAGCUAUAUUGGCGUCCAUGAGUCCCAUUCACAUGGCUGCUUGGCUGAUGAUCAUGUGGUAAUCGGAGAAGACUUCGAAGAGCUUAACUGCCGCCGGGUUCAACAAGUACGGCUAUCGGAAUUGCGCCAGUCGAAUGCAUAUGGGCGAUUGUUUGCUCUUGACGAUGACGGUUUGCGUCCAUAUGAGUACCAACGAGGCACUAUUCCAAAGAACAUACCACCAGAGUUGGUCUCAAAAUUGAUACCACGAUUUAUUCACAUUAUGAGAACACACCAUCUCGGCAGUAUAAUUUCUCUCGAGAUCCUGAACGGAUUUUUUAGCGAGCCUACGUCAGAAAUCGUAUAUGGAAAUGAAGUUACGCAGUGGCCAUCCAAGCGUGUGGUGCAGCAAGGUCAAACUCGGACAACUGGCUUCAAAUUUUCAUCUGAGGGGCAUUCAGGCUCUUCAAAUUGGGUCGGGACUAGUGAAGGCCACAAGGCAGUCAUACCACCGCCAGCCUCGAAACAUCUGAACGUGUACGAGUUGGAGAGCCGGCUGGUUGAGGAAGGUAGACUAAUGCCUAGGAAAGUUCCAAGUCCGUGUCGUCUAAAGGCUCUCCUUUAA